GCCCCAGCUGAUGAGAAUCUGGGGGUCAUUGUUAUUAUUUUGUUGAAUAGCUUUUGCUAUUAUAUUUUCAAUAUUUGUGACCUUUCUUCUGUAUCUACGUUUGCCAAAAACACCCAGGAUGAUUCCGACCGAGGAUGCGUCCGCGAGGAAGAGGGAGAUAGAGGAGAAACUAAAGCAGGAACAGGAAACCCUAUCCUUCAUCCGAGAGAAUAUGGAGAAGAGUGAUCAGCUGACUAAAGGAAUGGUGUCCAUCUUGUCAUCGUUUGAGAGUCGUCUGAUGCAGCUGGAGAACUCCAUUAUCCCAGUACACAAGCAGACAGAGAACCUACAGAGGCUUCAGGAGAAUGUGGAUAAGACCCUGUCCUGCAUGGACCAUGUCAUCAGUUAUUACCAUGUAGCCAAGGACACCGACAAGAUCAUCAGAGAGGGGCCAACGGGCAGACUAGAUGAGUACCUGGCCUGCAUUGCCAAGAUCCAGAAAGCUGUUGAGUACUUUCAGGACAACAACCCAGAUAGCCCUGAGCUCAAUACAGUGAAAGCACGGUUUGAGAAGGGUAAGGAGCUGCUGGAAGCUGAGUUCCGUGGUCUGCUGACCCGCUACAGUAAACCUGUUCCUCCCAUAUUGAUCCUGGAUGCCAUCACUGUAGAUGAGGAGCUGGAGGUUCAGGAGGAGGUGACUCUAGAACACCUCCCUGAGGCCGUGCUACAGGAUAUCAUCUGUAUCUCUGGCUGGCUGGUGGAGUACGGACGCAACCAGGACUUUAUGAACGUGUACUUCCAGAUCCGCUCCAAUCAGUUGGACCGCUCCAUCAAGGGUCUGAAAGACCACUUCCGGAAGAGUUCUGCCUCUUCUGGCAUCCUCUACUCGCCCGCCGUGCAGACCAAACGCAAGGACACGCCAACUAAGAAGGCACCCAAGAGACCAGGGACCAUUCGCAAGGCUCAGAACCUUCUCAAACAGUACUCUCAGCAUGGUCUGGAUGGGAAAAAGGGGGGCUCUAACCUCACUCCUUUGGAAGGUAACGCACCCUGGCUUUGUUGCCCUAGGAGUGAGCCUGGUUCCAUGACUAUACCCCCCUCCCCCUACCCAUCAGGUCACGAUCAUGACCAGCGGGUCAAACACCAGUCAGACGCCCUGACCGACAAGCAUGGGGCAGCAGCAGGGAAGGAUGAUGUCCUGGACAUAGAGAUCGACUCUUACAUCCACUGCAUCAGUGCCUUUGUGAAGCUGGCCCAGAGUGAAUACGCCCUGCUCACAGAGAUCAUCCCUGAACAUCACCAGAAGAAGACUUUUGACUCCCUCAUACAGGAAGCCCUGGACAACCUGAUGCUGGAGGGAGACAACAUAGUGGCGGCAGCACGGCGGGCCAUCAUGAGACACGACUACUCUGCUGUCCUCACCAUCUUCCCCAUCCUCAGGCACCUGAAACAGACCAAGCCAGACUUUGACUCCACGCUCCAGGGCACAGCUGCCAGUACCAAGAACAAGCUGCCUACCCUCAUCACGUCCAUGGAGACUAUUGGAGCGAAAGCCCUGGAGGAGUUUGCAGACAGCAUCAAGAAUGACCCUGACAAGGAGUACAACAUGCCUAAGGAUGGAACUGUCCAUGAGCUCACCAGCAAUGCCAUCCUGUUCCUUCAGCAGCUGCUGGACUUCCAGGAGACAGCCGGAGCUAUGCUGGCCUCUCAAGAGACCAGUUCGUCAGCCAGCAGCUCUGAGUUCAGUAGGAGACUUCUCAGCACCUACAUAUGUAAAGUGUUGGGGAACUUGCAGCUGAAUCUUCUCAGUAAAUCCAAGGUGUACGAGGACUCUGCUCUGAGUGCCAUCUUCCUCCACAACAACUACAACUACAUCCUCAAGUCCCUGGAGAAGUCUGAACUGAUCCAGUUGGUGACAGUGACUCAGAAGAAGGCUGAGAGUUCAUACAGAGAGCUGAUAGAACAGCAGAUACAGAUAUACCAGCGCAGCUGGUACAAGGUCACAGAGCAUAUUACGGACCGGAACAUGCCUGCCUUCCAACCAGGAACCAAGCUGAAAGACAAAGAGCGUCAGGUGAUCAAAGACAAGUUUAAGGGAUUCAACGACGGUCUGGAGGAGCUGUGUAAGAUCCAGAAGGUGUGGGCCAUCCCAGACAAGGAGCAGAGAGACACCAUCCGCCACGCCCAGAGGAGAGUGGUGUCGGAGGCCUACAGGGCCUUCCUACAGAGAUACACCAACAUUUCGUUCACCAAAAAUCCUGAGAAAUACCACAAGUAUCGUCCAGAGCAGGUGGAGGAGAUGAUCGAGAGGCUUUUUGAUACCUCAGCCUAAGCCACGCCCAUUGACCACACCCGCAAAGUAACCAUACCCACAACCCUCAUAACACUCAGCUCAACCUCCUGGGUCCCCUAUGACUAGGGCCUGUUCAGGAGGAUGUAACGUUCACAUAGAAAUGCAUUGUGUAGAACAGAUAUGAUUGUCUGUCAGAUAAAAUAGAGAAUUGUGUCACUUCUAUUUAUAUCUGCAACUUUUGGAAAGUUUUACUGAAUAAACCCCAGAGCUCCUGCCUCCCCUGAGACACCCAUUGCCCUAUGGGUGUCUCAUACUUUAUGCUCUUUUUUUAUAUAGUAAUGUAUUUAUAUGUAAUUUACUUGUUCUCCAAUCAAUGAGCAUCUGAAUCUAAUAAUGCAAAGUCUGUGAUUUGCGAUGAUGUUGUUAUUGUUUUGUUGGUGGUGGGUAAUGCAAUUACAUAACAGCACAGUAGCUCCAUAUAAUUGUCCAGUCAGUGUGUUGUGUACUAACAACUAAUCUAAUUGAAAAGUUAUCAGAUGUGAAUAGAAUAGAAUUACCAGUUGUCACUUA